AUGGUCAUUGCAGACGUCCUCAAGCGCUGGGAGCUUCUCAAGCCCCGACGUGCCCUGCUUUGCACCGGCACCGACGAGCACGGCUUAAAAGUACAACAGGCCGCCGACUUCCAAGAUGUACCUCCAAAGACGCUUUGCGACACCAAUUCCGAAAUCUUCAAGGACCUGGCGCGAAAAGCCAACAUUUCCAACGACCACUUUAUACGAACGACGGACCCCGAACACCGAGAAGCCGUGGAAUACUUUUGGAGGCGCCUGCAAGAAAAUGGACACAUUUACGAGACCAAGCACGCGGGAUGGUACUGUGUGAGCGACGAGACGUAUUACCCAGAGAAUAUGAUUACCAAGCAGGUCCAUCCUCACACGGGCAAGACGUUCAUGGCCUCGAUCGAGACGGGAAAUGCCGUUGAAUGGACCGAGGAAAAGAAUUACCACUUUCGCCUGACGGCCUUUAAAGAGAAACUGUUGGAGUUUUUCCGCGAAAACCCAAAUUGGGUAACGCCGCCAAGUCGAAUGCGCGAGGUGGUGAACUGGGUCGAGAACAACUUGGAGGACUUGUCCGUGUCGCGCCCUGCCAGCCGUCUGCAAUGGGGUAUUCCCGUGCCGGAUGAUCCCAGUCAGACCAUUUACGUCUGGAUAGACGCCCUCGUCAACUAUAUAACCUAUGCCGGCUACCCUCGAUGGACCCCCGGAAAGGAGAACCGUGGCGGAUGGCCGGCGGAUGUUCACGUCAUUGGCAAGGACAUUAUGCGAUUCCAUUGCAUCUACUGGCCGGCACUCCUCAUGGCAUUGGAUCUUCCACUACCAAAACGAAUCCUUACCCAUGGGCACUGGCUAAUGGACGCCAAGAAAAUGUCCAAGUCUGUUGGCAAUGUCGUGAACCCAUUCUUUGCCAUUGAUCGCUGGGGCGUCGAUACGAUGCGAUACUAUUUAAUGUACAAUGGCGCCAUGGCAAACGACUCCUCUUACAGCAACGAGGGUGUCGUGGAAUCGUACAAGAAGGGUCUACAGUCAACUACUGGCAACUUUUUAAAUAGAAUCACGAAGCCCAACAAGUGGGAUGUUAGCGAAGCUGUUCGAGAGAUUUAUCGAAAUAUGCUUGAACUAGACAUUAAAUCACCCAGAGCGCAGGCGUUUGCCCGAUUGACCGAUGCCCAUCAGGAGUUGGUGGAUUCCCUGGCAGAAUCAGUUGGUCAAGAUUUUGAUAAUGGUGCUCCCAAGGCUGCUCUACGCAAGAUUAUGCACUUUUUGGGCGAAUCCAAUAAAUACAUGACCGAAGCUGCUCCUUGGAACUUGUCCAACAACGGCGAAAGGGACUAUACCCGACUUGUCCAUUGCAUCUAUUUGUGCGCAGAGUCGAUGCGAGUCGCUGCCAUUCUGCUGCAGCCAUUCAUCCCUGAAAAGGCCGCCGAGAUACUUGACCGACUUGGUGUAGACUCCAAGAAGCGAACGCUCGAAUAUGCAAAACGAGGCAGGGAUGGCGAGUACGGAACUCCCAAGUGCAAAACCAACCAAUCCAUGACCCAACAAAAGACGAGCGAAAAUGAAAUUCAACGAGCACAUUGCGAUUUCGACACAAAAGGUGUUGCUCGUUCCGCGAUUCGUGAAGCAACAGCCUCGGACCGGUUGAGUCUUGAAGAAGAAUACGAGAAUCAAAUUUCCUGGCGCACCUCUGCAGACAAGCUGACCUUUAUCGUCUGCAAGCCUCUGAGCGACGGGGGGCACAAGGUCUCUGCGGGCGUGGCGGAUGCAAAUGAGCACAUGGUGGGCGACAUUAACCUCUUUCUCACGCCGUGGGAAGACGACGAGGAGCAAGACGACGAGGCCCGGGGAUCUAGACAGAGACUCUGUGUCGGCGAGGUGGACAUAAUGAUUGCCGCCCCCACGGACCGUGGGCGAGGCAUGGGCAAGGCAGCCGUGUCGACAUUCUUGUGGUUCAUCAAGAAGAACAUGGGCGCGAUUCUGGCCGAGUACGCAUCGAGUCUCGAGGAUGGAGGCGUCUUGGAAAUCAAGGAGCUCCUGGUGCGCAUCAAUGCGUCCAACGAGGGCAGCAAGGCGCUCUUUAAAGGUCUUGGCUUUGAGCAGAGGGGCGAGGUCAAUUAUUUUGGCGAGAUUGAAUUGGUGCUCAAGGAUUUCCAAGGCGAGAGAGGUGUUUCCGAGGUGCAAGAGUAUCGUGAGCUGCCAUUUGAUCGGUCUGGAUUGGCAGCAUGA